AUGAAAAGAAAUGAGGCAGCUGGCGCAGACAAUCUUCCCGGCGGCAGCAUGGGAUGGCCAAUUCUUGGAGAGACCAUUGGCUAUCUCAAGCCCCAUAAGUCCAACACCAUAGGCACCUUCUUGGAACAACAUUGCUGGAGAUAUGGGAAAGUGUUCAAGUCCCAUGUAUUUGGGUCCCCCACAAUAAUUUCAUGCUCACUUGAGUUGAGCACCUUCGUCCUUCAAAACGAAGGCAGGCUGUUCGAGAGCAGCUACCCUAAACCGGUGAAAAACAUCGUGGGACACCGGUCGUUGAUGAUUGUCCACGGAGAGCUUCACAAGAAGCUGCGAAGCGUCGAAGUCGACUUCAUCAAUUCAUUCAAAUCCAGCCGCCAUUUCGCCGGCCACAUCCAGAACCUCUCCUCCUCGCUCAUGGAAUCCUGGAAAGGAAAGCAACAAAUUCACUUGUUUCAAGAGGCCAAAGCUUUCUCCUUCAACGUCAUGUUGAAAUGCCUAUUUGAUAUGGCGCCUGGAGACCCGCUCGCCAUCAAACUCUUCCAGGACUUCCUCACAUUCAUGGAAGGCUUUGUUUCUCUUCCGCUAAAUCUUCCAGGAACCACCUUUGCCAAGGCCAUGAAGGCUCGGAGAAGGGUAGCAUCGACGUUCAAAGAUAUACUAAAUGAGAAGGGAAAGAGAAAGAGUGAAGAGUGGGGCAAUGAUAAUGAGGACAGCUUCGCGGACUCGAUUGUGGGGAAUGAUUGUUUGAAGGAGGAGGAAAAAGUAAGCGUUUUGUUUGACCUUCUCCUUGCAGGUUAUGAAACCACUUCUGGACUUAUAGCCCUCACCGCAUAUUUUCUUGCCCAGACGCCCCUUGCCCUUCAACAACUAAAGGAAGAACACCAAGCACUGAGGAGGAGGAAAAAUGGGGAAGCAUUGACUUGGGAAGACUACAAGCAAAUGCAGUUCACACCCAUGGUAAUAAAUGAAACUCUUCGUUGUGGAAAUCUGGUUAAAUUUGUCCACAGAAAGGCUAUCAAGGAUGUGGAAUUCAAAGGAUAUCGAAUUCCAGCAGGUUGGAAAGUUCUUCCCAUCUUGUCGGCUGUAAACCUUGAUCCAUCACUUCAUAAAAACCCCCACCAAUUUAAUCCAUGGAGAUGGAAUGAUCCUGGAGUAAGCAAGAAUGUGAUCCCAUUUGGUGGAGGAAUUCGGAUAUGUCCCGGUGCAGAAAUCGGUAAAUUGGAAGUAUCAAUUCUCCUACACUAUCUUGUUCAAAGCUUCAGAUGGGAAACCAAGAAAGACGAUCAUCCAUUUUCAUACCCUUAUCUGGCGUUUAAGAGAGGGCUUGUAUUGGAUAUUGAGCAUAUACAAUUGGAAGGCAACGACAAUUGACAGCAAUUGAAUUGAAGUACUAUUGUUAUAUCUAUAGUAAACUAUAACGACUAAUCGAUGAUACAUGUAAUUCCUUUUUUACAUGACUUGUUUGUUUUAGAUUCUCCACCUGAUAGUGUUUAUCCUAU